UGAGAGCAGACAGUUGACUUCUCUGUUAACUUCAGCAGACCUCGACACAAUGGCAACCAUAGUCGGAGCAUACGGUGCGAUAACGGACGCCACUAAAGAAACUCAGGAUCUUUGUCAUCAGGUGAAGACCGAUGUGGAGGAAGAGACAGGAAAGAAGUAUGUGGAAUUCAAAGCAGUUAAAUACAGGAGUCAACCUGUGUCAGGAACCAACUUCCUUAUCAAGGUUCAUGUUGGAGGAGAAGACUACAUUCAUCUGAUCAUCUUCCGAGAUCUUCUGAAUAAAGGAGGAAAGGUGUCUCUGACUAAUGUAAAGAGUCAUCAGACCAAAGUCAGCCCCCUCUAACCUUUUUAGAAACUGAUCCCAGAACCAGUCUCACCAGUAAAAUCCUUAAAGGCUGCAGUCUCAUGUUAAAA